GAGGAGUGAGCUUGCUGCCUGAGAGAAGAAAAAAAGAGGCAAUUCCGCGACCACAAAUGGACUCGUGAUAAGCGGACAGAUAUGGACGGUAACGGACAACACGGACGUUGUUGCCCUUUGUGAAGAGGACCGCGUCGUCCAGUCGGAAAGAGCCGGUAUAUGAAGAGUUAAGACUCGACAACCCAACUGUUUAUUUCAGCAGCUAGCAGGCUAGCUGGCUAGAUACCUAGGAGCUAGAAAUGGGAAGCCCGUGUGAGUUUGCAUGAUAGAGGUCUUCGUCGACCUUUGGAAGGGCUGUUUUCGGUUUGAAUCUUGUCGGCGGUGAUUUGAAGCGUCCGUCGCCCUCCUACUGAGUAAACGCAACUUUGAAGAAUGAUAUCAAGUGAGCGCUAAGCAUUUCACUACUACGGACCCGGAGAGGAAAAAAGUCAUACAGGCCUUCUGGCUCGAGGUUGCACACAAACACUAAGGAGGGAGAACAUGACUCACCGGCCCCUGCCAGAAACUGGCACGGGGCAGCUGUGCCAACCUUGCCCCUGCUUGCCACUUUAGAAGCUAACACGGUACACCAUGACAGAGAGGCAUAGAGGAUAGCUCCCUGACGAUCAUCCUCCCUAUCCCUCAAGAACCCCCCUGCCCCUCCCCUUGCCCCCAUCAUGCUGCGCUUUCUGCCUCUCAAACUUGGCCGCCUGUACCGCUGUCUGAAACUCUUGCUGGUGGUGGGAUUGUUUGUCAUCUUGUUGAUGAACACCCACAACCUGUUCGCCUCCUUCCAGAAGAAUGAGCUCAUGGACAGACGCUUCAUCAACCUAAACAAGUGUCCCGCCUGCUUUGGCACCAGCUGGUGUCGCAAAUUCAUGAACGGCCAGGUAUCCUUCGAGACGUGGGGUCGGCUAAGAUUCCUGGACGUUUUCAAUGUCAAGAAUGUUUACUUCGCUCAGUACGGUGAGCCCAGGGAGGGCACCCGCCGCGUGGUGCUCAAAAGACUCGGCUCCAAUCAGGAGCUGGCCGAGAUAGACCAGAAAAUCUGCAAAAGGGCCACAGGCAGGCCGCGGUGCGACCUCAUCCAGGCUAUGUACAAGACUGAGUUUGCAAGGAUCAACGGUGAUGUUCGGCUGCUCACUCCAGAGGUGGUGGAGGGAUGGUCGGACCUCGUGCACUGCCCAUCUCAGAGGCUGCUGGACCGUGUGGUCCGCAGGUAUGCUGAGACCAAAGACUCAGGCAGCUUCCUGUUAAAGAACCUCAAGGACACAGAGAGAAUGCAGCUACUUAUGACGUUGGCAUUCAACCCAGAGCCACUUGUUCUUCAGAGCUUUCCGUCUGAUGAAGGGUGGCCAUUCGCCAAGUACCUGGGAGCGUGUGGGCGCAUGGUAGCUGUCAACUAUGUGGGCGAGGAGCUGUGGAGCUUCUACAACGCGCCCUGGGAGAAGAGGGUGGACCUGGCGCGUCAGCUUAUGGACAUUGCCGAGCAGCUCACCAACAAUGACUUCGAGUUCGCCCUCUACCUGCUCGACGUCAGCUUCGACAACUUUGCGGUCGGGCCACGUGAUGGGAAGGUCAUCGUCGUCGAUGCCGAGAAUGUUCUUGUGGCGGACAAAAGGCUGAUCAAGCAGAACAAGCCAGAAAACUACGACGUGUGGUACGAGAGCCGCUUUGAGGAGUGCGACAGGGAGGCCUGCCUGUCUUUCUCCAAGGACUCUCUCUGCUCCAGGGUCACCGUGGACCACAACUACUACGCCGUGUGCCAGAACCUGCUGUCACGCUACGCUACGUGGCGGGGCACCACCGGAGGCCUCCUCCAUGACCCCCCAGCCCACAUAGCCAAAGACGGACAGCUAGAGGCACUAUUGGACGAGUGCACAAGACCCAAAAAGCGCUACGGCCGCUUCCAGGCGGCAAAGGAACUGCGAGAAUACCUCACACAGCUAGCCGCCGCCUCCUCCUCUGCUUCAGCCAGGUAAUGAAUGGAGUGGGCGUUAGCCUGACGCACUGACAGACUGAAUCCUGAACUCUUUAUCCCCGGACUCUUGACAUUCUGGUUCUUGUACAUGAUGUCAUUCGCCCCCUCUCUGUGCACUGGAACUAGGAGGCGUUGUACGUCUUGCAUCACGAAGUGUAAGACUCAAACUUCAAAGCAAGAUUUGUUAAAGCUCUUGCUGUUACCUGACUUUCCUCUGGUGUUAAAGAGGAGUGUGGCGCUAAGAGAUUCUGCUUAGAACCAGGAUAGAGUGGGGAUAGAGGUUACCUCUACUCUCCCUGGGUGGGCUGCCAUCCAUCAGUGGGGGGGGGGGCAAGAAAGGGCUCUGGUAAAUGCAUCAUUCACUGGACCCGGGCUAAAGCAAACCAGAGCAUCCAUGCAACAACAUGGCACAGCCCUGAACACAUCCAUCCUCCUGUUUACUCUCAAAUCUGUCAGAACUGUUGUGUUUCAUAACAUCCAAUCCAAAUACCUGUUUCAUGACGCCCCUGAGGGUCUCUUAUUUUCUUAUUUCAACAUUCUUUUCAGGGCUGAUUUAAAGUAAAUUGGUGCGUUUACAUUUCUGCUGCACCAUGGCAUUAUAUUUUUUUCUGUGUAGCAUGGCUGCAGCGAAGGCAAAGGUAGCAUGAAUCUGCUGCUGUCAGGCUCAGCUAACAGCAGGUAGAGAGGAAAAAAGAAAACUUGACGGUUAUAUGAGUCUGAUUUCCUGCUACUCCAAUCAAUCACUUGAUUUCCAGGUUCCAAGAUUGUGGCAAUCAUUUUAUUUCUUUUCAUGUGUUUUUUUUUCUUUUUGUAAUAGGAAACAGAGUGAGACAGCUGCCCAUAGGAAAAGGAAGGGAAUAAUUGGACAGUGGUGGUCCCUUGAUGCAGAUGUGCCUAUACCAAAGAGGCUAUAUAUGAUAUUAAGAACCCUAAGCAGUACAGUGAUGCACCUUUCCCUCCAGAUGUUCCCCGAUAGAGCUGUCCAAAAGAGCUGGAAUGUAUACAAGAUGGCAGGCCUGCAUACUAAGUUUUGGAUUUUGGACAUGUGCAAGUCAAAGAUUUUUACUCCUUAGGAUUUGUAGAAGCUGAUCUGACAGGCAUACAGAUCUUCUAAUUCAACCAAAAAUGAAAGUGGGAAAUAAAGUGAUUCUUUAAGCUUCAUAAUAGUGGGCUCCAGUUCCAUAUUCCCCAUAUAUUUCUAAUUGAUGGAUUCAUCCUUUCGUCAAACUUCUCCCACAAGUGCUGCAUGCAGGAAGCGCUAUCAAAUUAAUAUGGAAAAAAAAAAUCCUAAAUUACUUCCUCGCUCCAGAACCGGCUCCUGACCUGCUCUCUUAAAUUUUGCAGCCCAGAAAUUUCUGCUGAAUAUUUAAACACUCAGCACCACUUAGAGGUUUGGUUGCUUUUACACUAAGGAGUACCAAGGAAUUAAAGCAGAAUCACAAAUACAGGCUUAUUUGGUAAUGGAUUAUGAUAGGAAAUAACCUUAAAAAAUCCCUUUUCUUUGUCCCCUAGUGGAGUAUUUAGUAACAUUGGUGAACAAUCAUGUAAAUCUAAGCCACUCCAUGUGAAACUAGAAAGCACAGCAGGUGCUUUUUUGUCCUCAGUCAAGACCCGCACAGCUGAUAUGGCCCACGUCAGUAAAGAAAAGCAAUAAAGAGAAGUUUGGCUAAUGGGUUUCUGGCUUUCUGGCUUUCAACGGCCCUUUUUCCACUCCCUCGCCUCUUUGUUGUGUGCGAUAUCUUUCUGUUCCCUGAAGUUGAACCUGGAGGGAUUUGUAAGUGCGUUUCAACUAACUGUCCACUUUUGUACUGUAAUUUUUCUUUUGAGUAUUAUAUCAGCAUUGUCUGAUUUUUCCUGUGCCUUUCAUUCAAAAGUUGUAUUUACAACUUUUUAGUGGGUUUAAAUAUUAAAAUAAA